AGUCAGGAGACUGAAGUCAGAAAUGCUUGGAUCCCGGAGUGACUUUAACAACACGCUGGGUACAGAUGUUUUAGCUCAAUUAUUUCAGGUUUUGCUAUGACUUUGGCUGCGUUCCCGACUCACACUUCAAAUGGCACAGGCAGCAGGAGGGGCUCUGAUGGAAUUCAUCAGAGCCCCCAGGUCCAAGUACACAGUGUUUGGGGAGGCGAUCCGUUACGUCGUCCCGGCCCACGUGCAGUGUUCUUACGGCUGCGGAGGACGAACCUGCAAAUACGACGACCCGACGCACUGGAGCGACGAGCAGCAGGCGGUGAAAGGCCUGUACUCCUCAUGGGUGACUGACCACAUCCUCGCCUGCUCCAGACCCUCCACAGAAAUAAUCGAAAAGUACAACAUCAUCGAUCAGUUUAAAAGGAAUGGCAUAAAAACACUGAUCAACCUCCAAAUUCCCGGUGAACACGCGUACUGCGGAAACCCUUUAGAGCCGAAGAGCGGGUUUUCGUACUGUCCGGAAGUAUUUAUGGAAAACGACAUUUACUUUUAUAAUUUCGGCUGGAGCGAUUACGGCGUGGGGUCGCUCUCCGCCGUGCUGGACUUGGUGAAGGUCAUGGCGUUUGCGCUGGAGGAGGGGAAGGUGGCCGUCCACUGUCACGCCGGCCUCGGGAGAACGGGUGUACUAAUCGCCUGUUUCAUCAUCUACACAACCAGAAUGACCGCCAACCAGGCCAUCGUGUACGUCCGCUCCAAACGCCCAAACUCCAUCCAGACCCGGAGCCAGUUGAGCUGCGUGAGGCAGUUUGUCCAGUUCCUCGUCCCGUUGAGGAGCGUGUUCUCCUGCGCCAAACCGUUCACCUACGCGGUCACGCUAACCCAGUACCUCCAACGCCAAACGCACAUUCUACACGGAUACGAACGCAGACAGCUGAGGCACCUGCCGAAGAUCAUCCAGCUCGUGUGCAAGCUUUUAAUCGACAUCGCAGAAAACCGACAAGUGAUUGAAGAAGACAUUUUGGAAGCUCCCGAUAGCGAAGAUUUGGAGAUGGAGCAAAGUAUUAUAGAGAAGCUAGGCCCUGAGAUUUUCAUCAGCCAACCACGAUUACCAGGUUCGCCGAAGCUACCGAGGCAUUUCAACGAACCUCCGAUCUUCUACCAUCGCAAAAGUUUGAGCUACAGCGAGUCAGACCUGAGAAGACUGGGAUCCGACCUCAAUCUGCUAACGCAACCGGUCACGUCGUUAUCGCAGGACAACGUUAGACUGCCGGAGUCGCCGACGAGCGCGCAGAGGAAAGUUUGGAAUAGCAACGCUUCUCUCAGCUCGAUUAGCUCCACCAGCUCGUUAUGGGAAAUCAAAAACUUGGAACACCAAAAGGACGGGUCGAUUCUGAUCAGGAAGGACAAGAAAAGCAUCCGGCGAAGCGAAUCCAUGGGGAAUAAUAAGGACGCAAAGAAAGGCGGGCUGCUGUCGAGGUUGAAAGCGGAGGAAAGAGAGGGAUUGGCGAACGGGAAGAAGACAGAGAGUAAAGAAGAGGAGCAUUCUGAGGUGCCCUUCAUUACGCUGCAGUCGGAGUUGUCGCUCGACGCCCGGAGGAUCCUGGUGGCUCAGGCUCUGGCCGUUGACCUGUUCCUGGACGGAGAAGAAAGACACAAGACGAAGGUGUUGAACUGGGAGGCUGAACUAAACCAAGGCGGCGCCUGGGAGCGGCUGUGCCUGGAGCGUGACCCUUUCAUCCUCACGGGGCUUAUGUGGGCGUGGCUCGAGCAGCUCCGAGAACCCGUCAUCGCUCCUGAAGUCGCUCGAGCGUUGGAUCCAAAAAGCAAAGACACCGACACGCUGCUGAGCCCGUUGGACCAGGGAGCUAGAGAAACACUGACCUGCAUCGUGGACUGUAUGGCUCAUAUGCAGUUCAUACCAGAGAAGGUGGAGAAUGCGUUUUUGAAUCGGCUCAUAAAGGCUUUUACCAGGGUUCAAGACAACACACCUGAAGGAAGUGAGCUGCACAAGUCUCUGUCUCAGAUCAUUAUGCGCAUCCUGGACGAGACGAGAAAUCUCCUGAUCGCCCCAGAGUUUCCGCGUUCGUGCUUUAAGUUACUCUAA